UUGACUCGCUGAUCAUCAAACCUCCAGCACCGUAUGCCCGGGGAUGAUGCAUGUCUAUCGGAUCAUCCAAAGCUGUCGCAUUGCAUGACAGAGUACAAUAUCGCGACAAUGGGAGAAAAUGUGUCCUCCCAAAAGUUUCGCUCCCUUGUCGUCAGUGAACAAGACUGUGCAGUAUGCGGAAACUCAUCUGUCCCGCAUGUCUUUCCCUGCAUGUCCUGCUUGUUGCGAUAUACAUAACCUUUCUCUCCAUCUGGGCGCGCAAAGCUGAAUACUCGCUCGUCAUGUCUCCUCAACGGGCUGAAUCGGUGCCAACAUAUACGUCACUGAUAUCGCAGGUCAUAAUGAUUCCAUAUACCGCAUUGCUGGUUCUGCUCACGCAAUCUUUGGCUCUUCGCGGUCUCGUUACAGGUCGACAUACCCUAACGUCCGUGCAGGACGUCGCGAGCGCGUGGACAGGAUUGGGCUCCGCGCUCCUAACCACAUGGAAACAGGCGUCAUCUCCAUCCUAUGUUCUGGGGUUAGUCGAAGUAGCCCUGUAUCUCGUUUGCAUAUCCAGCCUACACGUCACAACGCCCUCGUUGUUUGCUAUGCAAUCAUUCAACCAGACGGGCGCGGAAAUCACGGUCCCGGUGACUCUCGGUAUGCCUCACCUGAACAUAUCGACCAACUGGUUCUCUUUUCCAGACAGUGAAGGACCAUGGCCUGAAGCUACUUCAUACCUCCCCACCACUGAUCAAUCAUCGAUAUUGACAAUAGGACUAGUCAACAGUACGAUAUACGAUAUCAUCGGCCCUGACUCCGGUCUUGUGGAGGCAUAUGUCAACGCUACAACAGCAAAUGUUACGUGCGGAUGUAUCCCGAAUGCAACGGCUCAAUAUGUUGAAGACACCGGUCUUUCUGGUCCAAUUGAAAGUACCCUCGCAGUGAGUGUGGUCUAUGGUCGCUAUAAUCUCACUUUCGAAUACUACCCCAACGUCACCAUGUUCCCCGUAAGCAAUGCCAUGAACUUGCAGUACAUGACUACGGUCGACUACGGCAUUCAACGAAGCAAUAGCAUGUACAACAACGCCAGCUCAGCAGUGACAAUACCCAUGGGACGCAAUGCGCUGUUCUGGACAACACUCAAUCUCGUAGGUGACAAUGGCGAAUCCGUGUCGCAGAUCAAAGGGAACAUAAGCAACCAAACAUCGUUGAUCGGAUGUACCCUUGGAUGGGAACAAUCUAUCGUCACCCUCGAUGCUGCUACGAGGCAACCAGUGGGCCUCACUUCAGCGACAGACGUCACACGGAGACCGUCAGCAUGCGCCAUCUGGGAACCGGCUCUAUUAAUUGAUUCAAUGGGAAUAGAUCCUCUGAUUGACUCGGCGAGUAUCCCGUUAUCUAUGUCUUCGUUAUGUGUCCUGAUGCGACGAAAGCAGUGGGCUUAUAUGCUCGUUGGUAGCGCUCAAUCGGCAGAAUAUCCCACUGGUAUCGGCGGUUCGGGGAUCGCAUAUGAGCAAGGGGCAGAUUCAGCAUUGUAGGUCCCGGGUGACAAUGAUCGUUGAGGGGAGGCUCAGUGAUCCCAUCCAGAUAUCUGGAGUCUGCGCUUGGAAACCCGCAUGCAGACGGAACAGUCAGUCUGAAGGACUUCGAGGAAGCUUUGGGUAAAU